AUGGAUAGUCUCUGUUUGAACUGUCAUGCACUUAAAUUUCAUAAAGAAUCACCCGGAAUGUGUUGUUCAAAUGGAAAAGUUGUGUUGCCAGCAUUGAAUGAUCCACCUGAACCACUUCGAACGUUUGUAUCGGGUACUGAUCCAUUAUCAAGACACUUCCAACAAAACAUUCGGAAGUACAAUUCAUGCUUUCAAAUGACAUCGUUCGGGGCAUCAAAAAUUGAAAAUUUCAAUGGAUUCAUGCCCACAUUCAAAGUUCAAGGACAAGUGUACCAUACAAUCGGUUCACUUUUGCCUGUACCCGAAGAAGAUUCAAAAUUUCUUCAGAUUUAUUUCAUGGGUGAUAAUGAAAAGCAGAUUGAUCAACGUUGUGCUAUUAUUCAAGGAAUGAAACGUGAAAUUGUUGCAAAUUUACAAGUAUUAUUCCAUGAGCACAACCAUUUGAUUCAGUCGUUCAAAGUGGCAAUGGAACAAAUGCCUUUAAAUGAAAGCAAAGUCAUGAUAAGAGCAGAUAAAGUGCCACAUGGAGAGCAUGAACGACGAUACAACGCCCCAACGAUUGACGAAGUUGCAAUAGUUAUAGUUGGAACUGAGUUUGAAAAGCGAGAUAUUGUUAUUCAAAAACGAGAUUCAGGCUUACAACGCGUGGCUGAAACACACCGAUGGUACGAUGCACUUCAAUAUCCAUUGUUAUUCUGGCAAGGAGAAGAUGGAUACCACUUUCAAAUGAAGCGAAUUAAUCCCAGCACAGAAAAGCCAACUGGAAAAAAGAUUACAUGUAUGGAUUUUUAUGCAUAUCGUAUGAUGUUGAGAGCCAAUCAAUCAACUCACAUCUUACAGUGUCGACAGCUUUUCAACCAAUUCAUCGUUGAUAUGUUCGCCAAGAUGGAAAGUGAACGUUUGCUGUUCAUCCGCUUAAAUCAAAAACAGCUUCGGGUGGAAAGUUAUAUUCAUUUGAGGGAUGCCGUAGCAAAAGAUGGAAAUGUAGCCGAUAUUGGACAAACCGUUAUUCUUCCAUCUUCGUUUAUGGGAAGUCCAAGACAUAUGCAUGAAUAUGCUCAAGAUGGGCUGACAUAUGUUCGAAAAGAAGGUACGCCAGAUUUAUUCAUUACAUUUACUUGCAACCCGAAAUGGAAAGAAAUCGAAGAGCUACUUCUACCGGGACAAAAUCCAUCUGAUCGACACGAUAUAAUAGCUCGAGUUUUCAAACAAAAGCUAAUAAAAUUCAUGGAUGUCAUCAUUAAAAGCCAAAUUUUCGGAGAAGUGAAAUGCUGGAUGUAUUCGAUUGAGUGGCAAAAAAGAGGUCUUCCGCAUGCUCAUAUAUUGAUUUGGUUGAAAAACAAAAUAACUCCAAUUCAAAUUGACAAUGUGAUUUCCGCUGAGCUACCAAAUCCACAGGAAGAUCCCGUUCUAUUUGAAAUUGUGAGAAAAAAUAUGAUUCACGGACCAUGUGGGCGAUGGAAUCCGAACUCACCUUGCAUGAAGGAUGGAAAGUGUACCAAAAAGUAUCCACGUGAACUGAUACAAGAGACACAAACAGGUUCUGAUGGAUAUCCAAUGUACAGACGUCGUAAACCAGAUGAUGGAGGCCAUGCAUGCGUUAUCAAAGUGAAAAAUAUUGACGUCACUGUUGAUAAUAGGUGGAUUGUACCAUACAAUCCCCUAUUAUCGAAAAUGUUCAAUGCACAUAUCAAUGUUGAAUACUGCAAUUCAGUAAAAUCCAUCAAAUACAUAUUGAAGUAUGUCCAUAAGGGCAGUGAUAUGGCAGUUUUUGGACUUUCCAACGGAAACGCAAAUGACGAAAUAUCUCAAUAUCAAAUGGGACGUUACAUUAGCAGUAAUGAAGCAGUCUGGCGAAUUCUUGGUUUUAAUAUUCACGAACGAUAUCCAUCUGUUAUGCAUCUAUCCGUUCACCUGGAAAAUGGUCAACGUGUAUAUUUUACCGAAGAAAAUGCACAAGAACGAGCCACAAAUCCGAAAAACACCACAUUAACAGCAUUUUUCCAACUUUGCCGGAGUGACGCAUUUGCGAAAACAUUGUUGUAUUCUGAAGUGGCCAAAUACUAUACUUGGGAUGAUAAAAAAAAUGAAUUUUUCAGAAGAAAACAAGGUUCUCGAAAUCCCGAAUACGCUGGAAUUUUCGCAAGUAGUGCAUUGGGUAGAGUGUAUACCAUUCAUCCAAACAAUGCUGAAUGCUAUUUCCUAAGAAUGCUUUUACAUACAGUGAAGGGACCAACAUCAUUUGAGGAUUUAAGAACUGUGAAUGGAGAGCUAUGUCAAACAAACAGAGAAGCUUGCCUUAAACUUGGUCUACUGGAAAAUGAUGAUCAUUGGGAUAAGGCAUUGGAAGAAGCAACACUCACAUCGCAUCCACGCCAGAUACGUAAUUUAUUUGCAAUCAUCAUAACAACCUGCGCACCGUCUGAUCCAAAAGGUUUAUGGGAUAAGCAUAAAGAGAGUCUCAGUGAGGACAUUCUACGAAAAACCCGUAUCCUGCAUCCUAAUAUAGAUGUUCAAUUUUCGGAUGAAAUUUUCAACGAGGCACUCAUCUUAUUGGAGGAAAAAUGCAUUUCGAUCAAUAAUAAAACUCUAUUUCAAUUGGGAUUACCAGCACCAAUGUGUAACCGAUCAAAUUUGACGAAUAGAGAUCUCAUGCGUGAAAAACAAUACAACGUAUAUGAGCAACGAGAAUACGUUGAGAACCAUGAGAAAUUAUUGAAUGAAGAUCAAAGACGAGCUUAUGAAAUGGUGAUGCAAAAAAUUGCAAAGGAUAACGGCGGAAUCAUUUUCCUUGAUGCUCCAGGAGGCACAGGCAAAACAUUCCUAUUGAACUUGAUUCUGGCAAAAGUUCGAUCAGAGGAAGACAUAGCGGUCGCUGUUGCAUCAUCAGGAAUAGCGUCAACAUUGCUCAAUGGUGGAAGAACAGCACAUUCAACAUUUAAAUUGCCAUUAAAUUAUAAUCAAAAUGAGACACCCACGUGUAACAUUGGUAAAAAUUCAGGCAUGGCAAAAGUUUUACAAAUGUGUAAAAUAAUUGUUUGGGAUGAAUGUUCAAUGGCACAUAAAAGGUCGUUCGAAGCGUUAGAUCGUACUCUACGUGACUUGAAGGGGAACGAUCAUCCAAUGGGAAAAAUAAUCGUAUUACUAGCAGGCGAUUUUCGACAAAUAUUGCCUGUUAUUCCACGGUCAACGCCUGCAGAUGAAAUAAAUGCCUGCCUAAAAUCAUCAUACCUGUGGCAGCAUGUAGAAAAAAUGCAACUAGAAACAAACAUGCGUAUACACUUAAACAACGAUUCAUCGGCAAAAGUAUUCUCAAAACAACUGUUGAAUAUAGGCAAUGGAAAGCAUCCAACUGACCCAAAUACGAAUGAAAUAUCGUUUCCAGCGAAUUUUUGUCGAAUGCAGUCUUCUCUUCAAGAAAUGAUCAAUAGUGUUUAUCCUAAUAUUUCAAAUAACUACAAAAAUCAUGAUUGGUUAUAUGAACGCGCCAUAUUAGCACCGAAAAAUGAUGACGUAAAUCAAAUAAAUCAUCAAAUACUGCAGCGAAUUCCAGAUUCAACAGCAAAAUUCAAAUCCAUUGACACAGUUACGAACGAAUGUGAAAGUGUUAAUUAUCCAAUUGAAUUUUUGAAUUCGUUGGAACCAAUAGGAAUGCCACCACAUGUAUUAUCAUUGAAGACUGGUGCAACUUUAAUGAUCAUAAGAAAUUUGGAUCCACCAAAACUGUGCAAUGGAACUAGAGUUGCAAUCAAAAGUUUGACACAGAAUUUAAUUGUAGCAACGAUAAUGAAUGGAAAACACAAAGGAGAAGAUGUGCUUAUACCCAGAAUUCCAAUUAUAUCUACGGAGUCACCUAUUGAAUUCAAACGUUUACAAUUUCCAGUACGACUGGCCUUCGCUAUGACAAUAAACAAAGCACAGGGCCAAACACUAAAAAUUGCAGGAUUAAAUUUAAGAAAUCCAUGUUUUGCGCAUGGUCAACUAUAUGUUGGAUGUGCACGGGUUGGCGCACCUGAUAAUUUGGUUGUUUAUGCGCCAAACAAAAAAACCAAAAACAUUGUAUAUAAAAAAGUAUUAGAAUAA